UGCGCGGUUGCCAAGUAGUUAGUAUCCUGUCGUGAGGAAUCGGAGGACGCUUUCUUACCAACCUGGCAACUUUGAGUAUGCGCUGGAUACGGCAGACAGUAUGGCGGACAACGAAAGUGAUUUGGAAACAGACGGGCUUGAAUUAGCUCUGGACACGUUGUGUGCUAAACACUGCAGCGGCGAAUCGUCACUGAAGAGCAAAGAGUAUUGCUCUGAGUUUUGUGAGCUUGUUGAGGAGUACACAGGGCAAUGGCAAGUUCCUCUCCCGCAACUGAAGGUGCUGCGGACCGCACUCUACAAUUUUACCAAAGCCACCACUGCCUUUACAGAUGACUGUCAGCACAUCCAGUAUGUUCUCAGCAGUUUGGCCUUGAGCUUCUUUGAACUCAUGCUGUUUUUCAGCAAGGAAGAAUUUGUGGAAGAGCCUUUAAAAGACAUCCUUGACUCUUUUCAGAUUUGCCACACUCGCCUCAUGAGGCACAGGAACAUCUACCUUCAGCAUGUAAAGCAGAUUAUUAAAGUAGGAGGCCCAUGGGAAAAUCCUGUGUUACAGGGAAUCCUGAAGGAGGAUGAUUUGCCACCAAACGACGUUGAGGACUACGUGAGCUCAGAAUUGCCAGUGUUCUUGGAGCUGCGAGUGCGAUAUCUGCAGGCCUGUGAACGAAUGCAGGAGGCAAUGGCUCUUGCUAAAAGCUGCCUGGAAAAUCGUGAGGCUGGAAAGCAUCUAUACUUCCAUCAGGCCUACUUGACCUGCCUCUACAAAGCCUCGCUGCAUGAAAACCUUUACAAGGAGAUGGCAGAGAUAGAUGGUCGUGAUGCAGUGGAGAUAAUCUGCAAUACAGAGAGUGUUGAAAAAGAUGAGCUGUUGUUAUCACUGUGUAAAGCUUUUCUUACACAGCAGCUACACAAUGGAGACAUGUAUUACAUCUGGGACCUGGUGUUUAUCUGGAGCAGACUGUAUCUUAGGGCCCAUCCCUCCAGACAAGGCUUCUUAGCUGAGUGCUUGCAGCUGGCCUCCUCUGCUACCAAUGUCAGAGCCAUCUUCCCCUUCAUAAAAUUGGUCACUACAGAGCUGGGUGGUGAUGGAAUUCAAGUUUGCGUGGAGCUUUGCGCCAGGGCCCUGCAGCUGUGUGACAUGCAGGCUGACACUGUAACCCGGUCACUCGUUUGCAAGACAAUUGCCUUCCUGCUGCCCCAUGACCUGGAGGUCUGUCGAGCGUGUGCCCUUCUUGUGUUUUGCCAGGAACGAAGCUUGGAGGCAUACCGAACUGUCUCCCUGCUUUACAUGCAUCCUGAUCAGGAGCCGCAUCCCCACAACAACCCUGUCCGGACCUGUGUUCGCUUUCAUAUUCUUCAGAUGCUAAAGGAGCGCCUAUGUUUUGACCCUGAAUUUUGGAACUUCCUGACCCUUAAGACACAUUGUUUAGAGUUAAUGAAUGAUAAGGUUGUGACUGCUGCUGUUCUCGACGAGAUGGAAGAGGAGAAGGCAUAUAGUGAAGAACUACUAAAAAGUAACUGUGUAAAUGAGUCAUGCACUCAAGACUCCAUCUCUUGCAACUGCACUGAAGCUGGAUUUGUGAACCUUCCAGAAGAGCAAACUGUAGAUGGAGAGGCUGGAAAACGUGUUGCACUGUCGGAUAAUGAUUCUCUGAAGAGGAGGAAAUGGAGAAAAAGGCUACGACGGAGAAAACUGCCUCGGUCUGAUGAUGAGUUUGAAAUAGGUGAUGAUCCAGAGAUCAAAUACAAUGUCAAAUCAACCUCUUUAGGUAAUAACUCUGUGUACUCACUAAGGCGCAAUCACACUAACAAGGAAAAUACUUCUGUAAGUCUCCCUCUGAACCGCAAUAGGGAAUACUUGUCUAGAUGUGUUAAGAGCAAAAUUUUGAAAAGAAAAGGUCAAAAGAAAAGAUGGUUGCAAGGUCUUCCAAGACUGGAGCUGGUACAGGCAGUGACAGAGAAAAAGGUCAAAGUUAGAGGGAGAAAACGGGGAAGGAAGCCAUUAUCAAAACUGGAACUCUCAUAUCCCGAUAAUGAAAUAUACCUUAACAAGGAGGAGUAUGGAUUUGAGAAAAAAAUGGACACAGAAGACAAAGAGCAGAAUAUGCCUGAACUGAACUGUGAGCUUGAAAUGAGUGACCAGAAAGAGAACCAACUUGGGCACUUGAACAGAGAAAAUGGAGAACAUAAUGAUUUGUUUUAUGAAAUUAAGAAUGAUAGGCAGAUGAAAGACCUGAAAGACAAUGAAUCUGAGCAGAUGACAGACUUUAAGGAGAAUGGAGAACAUCCUGAUUUGGCCUUUGAAAUCAAAAGCGAACAGAGAGCGUAUCAACUCGAGAAGAUGAUGGGCCCUAAGAAAGAAAAUGGAGAACAUAAUGGCCUUGAUUGUCAUAACACUUUAAGUGAACCAUCCCAAGAGGAAUCUCAAACACAGGUGGAAUCCAAACUUUGUGAAGGUCCACCCAUUGAGAAUCAAGCUGCUAUCGGUAUUGCUGAAGCUGAUCCUGUGGACCUUGAUGGUCCACUAUUGGAGUUAUUGGAUUGUCCAGUAGAACUCUUUCACAGUUACUCCUUUAAAUCCAAAUCACCUGACAGUGAAAAUCCUCAACCGCCAGAAUCUACAGCAUCUGAGGACCUUAAUGGCAGCAAUGAAGAGGAACCCCAUCCGUCAGUUGAAACAGAAACAACAAACAUUGAGGUUA